CGUCAUGAACGCAUAACAUGCUAGCUGUAAACUCCUUCUGUGGUCAUGCUUAAGUAACUUUUCUGUCCUUGGACUUUGUGACACGUUUGCGCUGAGAUAUGACACUAAAGAAGACACACGGACGAAAGGAUGGGGGUUGUUAGCUGAACGUUUGAGCCUGUUUUGUCAUCUAUACACCUGUGAGAAAUAAACCUCAUGGCGGGGAUUUUCCAAAGAACACUAAGACUGAAGACAGCUCUGAGAUAUCUGAGCCCCCACUGCACCUUCUCAUCAGCAGCCAAAGUCAGACUUUCACCUGUGAACCUCCGCAGUCCAUUUCUUCCCUUCACCUCAUGCUGUCGAAAGCUGCACACCGGGGCAGAGGGGCCUGAGCCGUCCCCUGCUGCAGCCCCAGACAGGCUGCCUUUCUCCAGGAUAACUCAGGAAGACUUGGCCUUCUUCAGGAAGAUCCUGCCAGCCAGAGCCCUAACUGAUCCAGACCUGCUGGAGUCCAGUAAUGUGGAUUGGCUCAAGUCAGUGAGAGGUUCCAGUGAACUGCUGCUGAGACCUCAAACAACUGAGGAAGUUUCUCAGAUUCUCAAGUAUUGUAACAGUCGUAAUCUGGCGGUGAACCCUCAGGGAGGAAACACUGGGCUGGUUGGAGGCAGUGUGCCAGUUUAUGAUGAGGUCAUCCUCUCCACUGCCCUCAUGAACAACAUCCUUACCUUUGAUAGCAUCUCAGGCAUUCUGACCUGUCAGGCAGGUUGUGUCUUGGAGAACCUGUCCCUUUACCUGGAGGAGAGAGACUACAUCAUGCCACUCGAUCUGGGGGCAAAAGGCAGUUGCCACAUUGGGGGAAACGUGGCAACAAAUGCAGGUGGACUCCGGCUACUGAGAUAUGGCUCCUUACACGGGACUGUGCUCGGUCUAGAAGUGGUGUUGGCAGAUGGGCGAGUGCUGGACUGCUUGGCCACCCUGCGAAAAGAUAAUACAGGAUAUGACCUCAAGCAGCUCUUCAUCGGGUCAGAAGGCACACUGGGGGUCAUCACUGCAGUAUCCAUCCUCUGUCCACGGAAACCCAAAUCUGUUAAUGUGGUUUUGCUGGGCUGUGAGACCUUUGAGCAGCUGCUGAAGACAUUUAAGCUCUGCAGAGGCAUGCUGGGAGAAAUCCUGUCAGCCUACGAAUUCCUGGACAGUGAAUGUAUGAGGCUGCUGAAUACGCACCUCAAACUACCCAAUCCCAUCUCUGAUUGUCCGUUCUACGUUGUCAUAGAAACCUCUGGAUCUGACGCAACACAUGACGGCGAGAAACUCCACAAUUUCUUGGAGGAGGCGAUGACAUCAUCAUUGGUUACUGAUGGAACCGUAGCAACUGAAGACUCCAAAAUAAAGGCUCUGUGGUCGAUGCGUGAACGCGUCCCAGAGGCGCUGAGUCACGAUGGCUUCACUUAUAAGUAUGACAUCUCGCUUCCUGUGGAGCGAAUCUACCAGCUGGUGACGGACAUGAGGGGGCACCUGGGGGACCGAGCCAAGAGUGUGGUGGGGUACGGACACUUAGGAGAUGGAAACCUCCACUUGAACAUAACCUCUCCUGAAAAAGACCCUGCUCUUCUCGCUGCCAUCGAGCCGUUCGUCUACGAGUGGACAGCCAGCUGUCAGGGCAGCAUCAGUGCCGAACACGGACUGGGCCUGAAGAAGAGGAACUAUAUCUACUACAGUAAACCCAGCCAGGCUGUGGCUCUGAUGGGUAACAUCAAGGCCAUGCUGGAUCCGAAGGGCAUUCUCAACCCGUACAAGACUCUACCAGAUAACCUGAAAUGACUCAUCUGUCUCUGCUGCGGGACACUGGGCUCCUCUCUAACCAAUUCCUGACAUCCGGAAGCCACUUCCAGGGCUCCUCUUCAUCUCACGACUCCUUUCCCUUCUCCAGAGAGCUGUGAAUCUUGUCCAGGGUUUUCUUUAUGCGCAGAGCUGUUAGCCUCGCGGAAGGGUUCUGGUACCAACACUCCUUCAUCAGUUUCACCAGAGCUGAGAGAGUCUGCGAGAGAGGGGAGAAAAAGU